UGGGAGGGACACAAACCUGCUCCUUUGCUUCACAGGCAAAGCGAAGCUUCUUCAUUAACAGUAGAAAGAGGAGGUGCUCAUGCUGCCAAGACCAGGCGGCCCUCCAAUGGGGGUUCGUCUUUUCCCCAUUGCGGUUGCGGCAUGGCUUGUGGCCGUUUCUACUUCUUCUCUGGUUUCUGCCGACCCCUACAUUUAUGCUUCUCCUCCUCCACCUUACGAGUACAAGUCGCCGCCUCCCCCGCCUGUUGAGAGCGAGCCACCUUACCUCUACAAGUCUCCACCUCCACCUUCUCCUUCACCACCACCGCCUUACGUCUACAAUUCACCUCCUCCACCGCCUGUUAAGAAGGAACCACCUUACAUUUACAAUUCACCGCCACCCCCAUCACCUUCUCCUCCUCCUCCAUAUGAGUACAAAUCACCACCACCCCCAUCCCCUUCUCCUCCUCCUCCAUAUGAGUACAAGUCACCGCCACCCCCAUCUCCUUCUCCUCCUCCUCCAUAUGAGUACAAAUCACCACCACCCCCAUCACCUUCUCCUCCUCCUCCAUAUGAGUACAAAUCACCACCACCCCCUGUUAAGACAGAACCGCCUUACCUCUACAAAUCUCCGCCUCCACCAUCUCCCUCACCACCACCUCCAUAUUACUACAAGUCGCCUCCUCCACCACCUCCAUAUUACUACAAGUCACCUCCUCCACCAUCUCCCUCUCCACCACCUCCAUAUUACUACAAGUCACCACCUCCACCACCUCCUUACUACUACAAAUCACCACCACCGCCACCAGUGAAGACGGAGCCACCUUACUACUACAAAUCUCCUCCACCACCGUCUCCCUCUCCACCUCCACCAUACUACUACAAAUCCCCACCUCCACCAUCUCCCUCUCCUCCACCUCCUUACUACUACAAGUCUCCCCCACCACCCCCAGUAAAGACAGAACCACCAUACUACUACAAGUCGCCACCACCACCAGUGAAGGCGCCGCCUGCUCCAUACUACUACAAGUCGCCACCACCACCAGUGAAGGCGCCGCCCGCUCCAUACUACUACAAGUCGCCACCACCACCGUCGUAUCCUCACUAUCGCUAUCCGUUGCUAGUGGUUGUUGGAAAAGUGUAUUGCUAUAGGUGCUACGAUUGGCGAUACCCCAACAAAUCUCACGACAAGAAACAUCUCAAGGGUGCCAUAGUGGAGGUUAGCUGUGAUGCUGAUGGAAAGAAGGUGAUGGUGUAUGGAGUCACAAAGAAUAAUGGCAAAUUCAGGGUAAAUGUUGAAGGAUUUGAUUAUGAGAAAUGGGGAGGUGCAAAGGCUUGCAAGGCCAAGCUUUACAAGGCCCCUAAAGGUUCCCUUUGCUCCAUCCCCACUGAUCUCCACGAUGGAAAGAAGGGAGCAUCUCUCAAAGUGAAAUCAAAGUCUCAUGAGGAGAUAGUGCUCAAGGCAAAGCCAUUUGCUUAUGCGCCCAAGACCCCCUACCACGAGUGCUACAAACCCAAGCCCAAGCCCAUUUACCACUACCCCUCUCCUCCCCCUCCAACCCCCACUUACUACUACAAGUCCCCACCACCUCCACUCACCCACGUAUUAUUACAAGUCACCGCCACCUCCAUCUCCCACUUAUUAUUACAAAUCACCACCACCUCCAACACCCGUUUACUCUUACAAAUCCCCACCCCCUCCAACACCCAAGUACUACUACAAAUCCCCUCCUCCCCCACCUGCUGAACCCAAGUACUACUACAAAUCUCCACCACCACCAACACCCACUUACUACUACAAGUCUCCACCGC